UUUGAUGCUGCGAGAGCUCGAGCCUCCAGCAGCAGAAACGCCCAGCAUCCUCUCUCCUCUCCUCCAACAUCCAUCCACCGUCUCCUCCGCUCCCCGGGCUGCGAAGGGGCCGCUCUGACUGGGAAGGAAGAAGAACCAAACCCCGCUGAAAAAAAUGGCCUUUUAACACUCGAGAGAAUAACCCAGAAGAGACAUGGAUCCUUUGCAUUUCUCUUUCCUCCACCAUCUCCUCCUCCUCGCCUCCCUGAGCUCCUUCCCCGCUUCUGCUGACAGGAGAUUCGGUUGCCUUUUCGAGAACGAGCUGUGUUCACCGUAUGAGAUCUGCGUCAACGAUGGCAUGUUUGGGAGGUGUCACUCUGUUCCGGUGAAGGAGAUUUACACCUACGACGUUUCCCCAUCUGUAGUGCAGCGCUUCAGGAUGCUGCUGGAGAAGCUUUCCAACAGAGGUUUGACCUGGGAAGAUGAUACCACCCAGCAGGUUCUGUCCAAGGAGUUAUCCAAACUGAGAAGGAUUCCCUACAGACCACAGCAGACUGGGCCGUUCUACACCACUGAGAGCAGGCCAGUAGCUCAAGCAAUGGACCCAGUAGACCAAAGGGUGAAACCGGUAGAGGUAGAACUCAGCAGAAAUCUCCAGAUGUACCUGCAGCGUCUUGGCCUCCUUCCCAAGACAUCUACUUCCAGCUUGAGCGCACCGAGCAAGAAUGACCGUUUCCAGUCCGGCAUCCCUGCAGACCUUUAUCGCUCCAAGCCCCAGAUUUCAGCUCAGAAAUCACCUCCCUCCAGCUUCUCAUCUCUUUCAUCGUUCCAACCCGUGCAAAAGCAGAGACCACCAGCCAACCAGCUCCUCGCCACGCAGGCUGAGGGUGACCUUCUCCUGGGCGCCCUGAGGCAGUAUCUCUCCGGGCAUGCGUCCCUUCACAGUGGGGGAGCGAGCCCAUCCGAGCGCCUGAGGACGUUCUACAGCAACAGAAUAGAGAAUUCUGGGCUCAAAAAAGAGACCUCGAAAUCCAGACUUGUGAACAUGGGAAGGCCUCAGGGGGCCUUACCCAAGGACCCACUCACGUCUGUUGAUGAGAGGUUCAUCGAGAACGUUUUGAAGAAUGUUGACAGGCAGCACGUGGACGUGGAUACGCUGACACCGCAGGAUUUGGACCAGCUGUCGAGCCUGAUAGCUGAGGCUCUACAGGUAGUUGAUCAGGACAAGGGACUAAACAGAGGCCUGAGCCGAAUGAGGGGACCAGGACCGAGAGACCUGGAAGGAGAGCUGAGUGAUGGAGAAGAAGAAGCAGAAGAAGAGGAAGAGGAGGGGGAGGUUCCUAGGGAUGAGUUGCUGGGGAAUGCUCCUACCCUGAAACCUCAGGAGAGCACUCCUGUCGCACUGGCAGCACUUCAAGAGCGUCACACGGAGACAGAGGAGCAAAAUGUGCAGGACAAGACGGAGAGUGGCAGCCUCUUCACCAAGCUUCUCGCCUACCUUGACAAAAGUUCCUUCACUGGACCUCCCCCAGCUAAAAACCAUUAUGACGAUGCCAGUCAAACACCCAGAGGGCAGCAGGUGGGGCUGGAAAAUGUCCAGAGUCGGACUAGCGAAGUAGGGGUGGCGGUGCAAAAGAAGGAUACCACCCAGUCUGUAGAGGAGCUGUCGGAGGUGGAAGGCUGGAUCAAGGAGGUGGCACCCCCUCCUGCUUCUCUCGUGUACGAUGAACCUCACAAGAAGACGAUGCACGUUCCUGAGCUACAGUUGGACGUCAAAGCCAGCAAGACGAAGAAAGAUGAUGAUGUCUUUGGCUAUGUCAUCACUGACACAGAUGGGCUCCAGACAGACGAAGGCCUCCACCUGAUGGAGAUCCUGGCUAGAAUGGCGAAAAUCCAGCUGUCUGAUUUCGCUGAGCUCUCGGUGGUGGGCCCGGCUGUGACCUUCAAAGUGAGUCCCAACGCUCAGAACGUCAGCACCGCAGAUGUGGCCAACGUGGCUGUCCAGAAGAAGGUGUCUUUAGAGAAGGAAGCCAAGGUCAGCAUCCUGGAGGCUGGGAUUGCCGAUGGAAGCCAGAUCAACCAGAUCCCCACCAAGUACAGCCAGACAGAGUCAACCAAGUUCCUCAUUCUCACCGUCGUGUCAAUCCUGUGUAUCGUUGGAGUCCUGCUGGCCUCCACUGUGGUCUACUGCCUCCGGCACCGUUCCCACCACAAGCUCAAAGAAAAGCUCACCAACUUGGGAACAGAUACAAGCAGCGAUGCUACCGCCACCUACCAGGAGCUGUGUCGGCAGCGCAUGGCAGUCAAGCCCCCAGCCGAGCGUCCGGAGCCCAUCUCCUCCAGGAUCAACAGCGUCUCUUCUCAGUUCAGCGAUGGCGGUCAAGCCGUCAGCCCCUCGGCACGGAGCAGCAUUUCCUCCUGGAGCGAAGAACCUGCCCACUCAAAUAUGGACAUCUCAACCGGUCACAUGAUCCUGUCCUACAUGGAAGAUCACCUGAAGAAUAAGGAUCGCCUGGAGAAGGAGUGGGAGGCACUGUGUGCGUACCAAGCUGAACCCAACGCGUGCACCAUCGGCCUCAAGGAUGGCAACGCGAAGAAGAACCGCUCCACUGCUGUUGUAGCAUAUGAUCACUCCAGAAUCACCUUGAAGGUGGAGAACAGCCAAGGCAACUCUGAUUACAUCAAUGCCAGCCCGAUUAUGGAUCACGAUCCCAGGAACCCAGCCUACAUUGCCACUCAAGGUCCCCUGCCCUCCACUGUGGCUGAUUUCUGGCAGAUGGUUUGGGAGAAUGGCUGUGUGGUCAUUGUUAUGUUGACACCUCUUGUUGAGAGCGGGGUGAAGCAGUGCUACCAUUACUGGCCAGAUGAAGGAUCCAACCUGUACCACAUCUAUGAGGUGAACCUGGUGUCUGAACACAUCUGGUGCGAUGACUUCCUGGUUCGUAGCUUCUACUUGAAGAACAUGCAGACCAACGAAACGCGGACCGUCACUCAGUUCCAUUUCCUGACCUGGCUCAACCAGAACGUGCCGGAGACUAGCCGAACACUACUUGACUUCCGCAGGAAAGUUAACAAGUGCUACCGGGGGCGCUCAUGUCCUAUCAUAGUCCACUGCAGUGAUGGUGCUGGAAGAACUGGGACCUACAUCCUGAUCGACAUGGUCCUCAACAAGAUGGCUAAAGGUGCCAAGGAGAUUGAUAUCGCAGCGACUCUGGAGCACCUGCGGGACCAGAGGCCAGGAAUGGUUCAGACUAAGGAUCAGUUUGAGUUCGCAUUGACAGCCGUUGCUGAGGAGGUGAAUGCCAUCCUGAAAGCUCUUCCACAGUAGAAAACAACACCUCUACUCCUCAUCCCAAGGAUCGUCCCCUAUAUUGUUUCCUAUUUUGUCUUUCUCCCGUCUCCUAAAUCUUUUACCCUGUUAUUUAUGUUCUUUCCCCUCUCGUGCUUCUCAUCUGUCAUUUCCGACUCUUGUUUCUCCUCCUUCUGACACUUCACUUAAUCUGUGUUUUCCUGUCUGCCUUUCUUCAUUUUCUCCACUCCUUCUUCAUUUUACUCCUCUCUCCAUUGUCUUCUACUUUCAUUUUGUUUUCACACUCCUUGCUACUCCCAUGCCCUUUUCAUGUCUAAUAUUUACCCAUGUUUUUACCAUUUAUCGCUCCUAUUAUUUCCUGCAGUCAAAUUUCCUAUUUCUCACCCUAUCUUGUCAUCAGAUGUUUUUUUCUCAUCUUUUAUCCCAUUUUCUCAUUUCCGCAUGUCUCGUCUUUCCUCCUUGUGACCCCUCUCCCUUCCAUGUGCGGCCGUUCCUUGCACUUCUUAACAUCUCCCAUUCGAUCUCAGUCAACGUUGUGCCAGGAAACCAUUGAAACUAUCCUGUACAUAGACAGACCUUCCUUCUGUUGUGAUGAUCCAAGCAGCCUGUUUUCCAAAGUAACAUUUCGCCGCAUUUAAACGCCUUUUAAUCGAUUUUCAAAGUCAUCUGUAUUCUGUUAAGUGUCUAAUUAUCAUAAUUUUUGUUUAUAGAUGAACAUUGAUGUCAUUGGCAUCAGCUGGCAAUGAUCAAAAUAAGAUGGCUCAAAAUGUAAUCGUAUAUCUCAUUCUGAUUUUCUCGGCAAUGUUCAAUGUGGCCAGUUGCCAAACCUGAGAGUUUUACUGAAUUGAUGCCACUGAUUGGUCUCUGAGUGGGUGCAUGUGUGACGCAGAUCAUCACAUAUUGUGUCUGAUAUUUAAUGCCAUGCUUUUUGAUAUGUUUUGAUGCAGUAUGCUAGUGUGUCACAGUAUGCUGUAACUCAUCAGCACGUAGUGUUGGUCAGUACGGUAGAUAUUAGGCAAAACACGAGUGAUUCCAUCUCUCACGAAGCCUUGCUUUUGUAAAAAUAAGCAGGGAAACCCAAAAAAUAACACAUUAUUGGUUACUGUCUUAGUUGAACAAAAACGUGCUAAUACUGGAAAUAUGGUCAAAUGAUUUUGCUUCAUCUUUGUUGAAGCAAUUUUGUGUUUCUUCUACCUGAAUUGUUCUUUCUUGUGGAAAAACAAUGUUGUGGCUUGUCAGUGAAGUUACACUCAUGUCUGCCUUAACAAAAAAAAUAAACAUUCAGUAGAUGGACUGGUAAAAGCCACGAGGAUAAGGAGUAAUGCUUCAUUUUAAAAUGGCCUCAUUCUAGUGGAUUAACCUGCGGAUUAAAGAUUAGCUGUGCCUGUGCUAAAUGAAAAUCGCUGCGAUAAACAUUGAAGAACAUUCUGCCGGAGCAGGAAGUUUCUGUUCGGCCAAAAGUGGAACUUGUGAGAGUCCUCUCACAAGUUCCUACUUCAAAUAACUAUAAGUUCAAAAUGCUGGAGUGGAGUCAUUUUAAAUGUUAAUGUUUCUGACAAGUAUUGUCAUGCCAAAAGGAAUAGCUUUGCUUCUGAAUAGUAGGUUCUUAAUGUAGCAUUAAUGGAUGAUUUGUACAUGUACAGUAGUGAAAUCUGUAUUGCAAUGGAAAUUAGUUUGCAGUGACACGCCUCAGCUGGUUUUCCCAACACCAUUCUAAAAUUAACAUGUUUUAUGUACUGCUGUAAAUAAAAAGAGCACAGUCAGCAUUAACUCUUAUUUUUUAUGUUUUAGCCCAUGUAUGUAGGUUUAUUUCAGUAUCACGCCUCUCAAGAAAAGGCCUCACCACCAGUUACAGACAAGUUCAGAGAUCAUUAUUUUUGCUGGCUUCUGAACAGAAUGUCCUGGGAUCGUCAGCUCAUUUUCAGUUUUAGCUAGACAAAAGCCACUACUAAAUAGCCUGAAGUUAAGACACUGAUUAUUAAAGAUGGCUUUGGGAAACCAGCUCGUGCAAAAUCAAUUGGUUGACAGUUUGAAAUGUUUCAUUCAGUUAAUUCUACUUCUGUUUAUAAAUCACCGAUGACAUGAAUUGCAUACACUAUGCUGCUAAUGCAUGACUAUUCAACAAAUGUGUGCUGUAAUUUUCUCCUUGCCUCAAAAUGACCUUUACAAACCUCUGCAAGCAACCAGCCAACUGCUGAUGUAUCUAUUAACUUUGUGUUAGACUCUUUAUUAAACAAGAUGCUCCAAGGACCUUAAAGUACAAAAGCCAAGGAUUAUCUUCUCUAAACUGUGCAGAUCAUAGUUAAAGCGGGCUGAAACGGGUGCAGUAACAAUAUGAUGUAACACUGCAGCAAGCUGGUCUACAUUUUUCCAUCACAAAAUUGAAACGUGCUACGAGAAAUGCUGCUUUUAAUAAUGUGUUCAAUGUGAAAUGAGAUUGUUUCGCUCCCUUUUUUAGGAUACUGUCAGGUAUAUUAUAAAAAUGUGGAAUUAAGUGAACUGGCAUUCACUUUAAAUGAUAUUAUUCUGCUAUAUUUGAAUCAAGCUUAUUAUAAUGGGCUUUUAUUUUUAUUUGUUUAUUUUGCAAUGAUGAUACUCAAUCAGUUUCCCUGUUGCUGUUCUUUCUUUCUCACACACCAUCAAGUAUGAAUAGAUGGCUGGUCUGUUGCAUUAAAACUGUACAUAAACCCCAAAACACAACAGAAGAUAUUUUGUUCUAUUGGUGUAAACAACUUGUGAAUAAAGUCUAGUUGUCGAUGCAGUAUUGU